AUGAUCAAACCGAACCUACGUCGCUCCUCUCGCUCCGUCUAUCUGGGUCUGGCGUGUCUGUCCCUCGCCCUCCACCUCCUUCUGGCAAUUUUUUGUCUCUCUGUCCUCCAGACCGCUUGUGUCCCUCCCACCUCCUCCUCUUCCUCCAUUCCGAGAGCGCAUACUCAGCACCAUCAAUCUGUCUCCCGCUCCUCCUCCUCCUCUUCAGCUGCCUCCUCCUCCCAAAAAGUGCCAACGAUCCCCCAGGAUGAAGGGCAACACGGCCUGAAUGCCAAAACCCUCCACCCUAAUGAGAAGGACUCAUUCAGUGAUGCCACUGAGAGGGUGAAGAAACUGACUGGAGCUGGAAAAGUGAUUCAAAAGGUCAGGAGUGGUUCGAAGCUGGAGGCGCUGUUCAAGCACCCGCUGUACAACCUGCCACGCCCAGAGCUGCAGGAAGACGAUUGGCUGCUGAGGGUGAAGACCAAUGAACAUGCAAGAGAUGCAGGAAGUGAGGAAGAGGAGCAGGAAAAUAGCAUCAAUAGUGACAGUCAGUGGCAGAGCGCCAGUCAGGAGGAAGGCUACGACAAAGUCAGCUGGACAAGCGACGUGGAGACCCACCCUCCCUGGCUGCGGUUCCACCUGGGCAUCUCUCGCUGGGAGCUGUACAGCAGGAAGGAUCCCAACCUGGCCCAGCUGACUCACUACCUGGCAACACAGCGCAUCCUCGCUGCUGUUCAGAAGACAGGAGGUACCCAGCUCAAACUGCUCAUGUCCUUCCCAAACUACGGACAAGCUCUGCUGAAACCCAUGAAACAAUCCAGAGACGCAGAGACGGACGCAAACCUCUUCUACUUCUCCGACUUUGAAAGACACAACGCAGAGAUCGCUGCCUUUCACCUUGACAGAUUGCUGGGCUUUAACAGGAUUCCUCCAGUGGUGGGUCGACUCAUCAACAUCACCACAGAGAUCAGAGAGAUCACCACAGACCACAGGCUGUCCAGGACCUUCUUCACCUCCCCUGUGGGCAACGUGUGUUUCCACGGCCAGUGCGAGUACUACUGCUCACCAGAGCACCCAGUGUGUGGUCAGCCACAUGCACUGGAGGUUUCCCUGGCCGCCAUGCUACCUGACCUCACCCUAGCUCCCCGCAGGUCCUGGAGGUCACCGUGGAGACGCUCCUACAGCCGUACCAAGCUUGCACAGUGGGAGAAGGACCCGGCCUACUGUGACACAGUGAAACAGACGCCUCCCUACAACCGAGGCACGAGGCUGGUGGACCUCAUCGACAUGGCUGUCCUGGACUUCCUCAUGAGCAACAUGGACAGACAUCAUUAUGAGACGUUUGAGAAGUUUGGCAAUGAGACUUUUCUGCUGCAUCUGGAUCACGGACGGGCGUUUGGCCGUCACUCUCGGGAUGAGCCGUCUAUUCUGGCUCCGUUGCAGCAGUGUUGCAGGAUCCGUCGCUCCACCCUCCUCCGCUUGCGCCUCUUGUCCCUCCCUGGCUUCCGACUGAGUGACGUCAUGCGGGAGUCGCUGGGCCAGGAUCCUCUGGCCGGCGUGGCCCCCCUCCUCUCUGAACCACACCUCUCUGCUUUGGACCGACGCCUUGCGACCGUCCUGCAGGUGGUGCAGACCUGUCAGCAUCGCCACAAAGAUGUUAUUUACAACGACAUGGAAGGAUAUCUAUGAUCCUGAGUCGGGGGGGAAAUGAAUAAUUGAUUUGUCUCGUAUAUCUGUGUUUGCACAUCUGCCUACAAAUGUCAAAACUUUGAUUUACAUCUGAAUGUUUUCCAGUAUUAAGUUUGUCAGCACAGUGAAUUGUGCUAAAAUGGCUUUCUGCUCAGAUCCUCUCAUCUAGAGGGUUUUUGCAGAGGUACACUGUGUGGAGUGUUUCAGAUUUUCACAAAUACUCAGAUCUUUUACUUGAUAAAGCAGCAGAGUGCAGAAAUACUCUGUUACAAGUCAAAUUUGACUUUAGUUAAAGAACAAAGUGGUGAACCCAGGUAAAGGUGGGGCUAAUUUUAAUUACUUUAUCACAUUUAUUACUGCACACUCUGCUGGGCAGAUUGUGAGUUUCACCCUGGGGAUCAGCAACGU